AUGUCACCCUACACGCAGCUGCGGUCACUGGUCGUAGUCGUUAUCGCCACAUCAUCACUGCUGCGGAUGACGUCGGGCAGCCCCUUGUCGGUGUACGGUUACGGAGCUCCGGCUCAGCCACCGUCCGACUACCGUCACAACGGCUACUACGGGCGCGCGGCCGCGGCCCACGACGAGCACGCCGCCGCCCCGCCUAAAUACAACUUCGCGUACGACGUGUCCGACGCGUACACGGGCGACUACAAGUCGCAGACCGAAGUGAGAGACGGCGACAACGUCAAGGGACAGUACACGGUCGUCGAACCGGACGGUACCAGGCGCGUGGUGGACUACACGGCUGACGAGGAGAACGGCUUCAACGCGGUCGUGUCCAAGGAGGGCCACCCGGCCGCCGAUGCUCCAGCUUACCGACCCGUGGCCGCCGUUCCCGCUUACCGACCGGCUGCCGCCGCUCCCGCUUAUCGACCCGCCGCCGUCCCUUCUUACCGACCAGCCUACAAACCGGCCUACAAGUCAUCCUUGUCCGCCGCUUACCGUCCGGCACCAGCCGCCGUCUACCAGCACGCCGCCGAUGCCGCCGACGAGCCCCCGGCUUACCCGAACGCACCGUUGUACAAAUCCGCCAACAAGCAGCCACCUUCCUAUUACCCCUACAGAUCGUACUGA